AUGUCCCUCAAAGGUAAAGUCGCCAUUGUCACUGGCGGAGCCCGCGGAAUCGGCGCCGGCAUUGUCCGCAGUUUGAGCGAACAGGGUGCAAAGGUCGCAUUCAACUACGUCUCCCCAUCUUCGCGCAAAGCCGCAGAUGCGCUUGUCGAAUCACUCCGACAAAACAACAAGGAAGCCACUGCAGUUCAAGCCGACAUCACCGACCCAAAUGCCCCGAAUAUGAUCAUACAAGCGGCCCUUGAGGCAUUCCAGACAGACCGGAUUGACAUUCUUGUGAACAAUGCUGGCGCGGGUGAUAACCGGCCCCUGGAGGAAGUAACCAUGGACAGCUAUAUGCGACUAAUGGAUGUCAACGUGCGAGCAGUCGUCUUCAUGACGCAGGCCAUACUUCCAUACAUUCCCCGCGGAGGUCGGAUUAUCAACUUGUCUUCUAUCUCUUCUAGGGGCGGUUACGCCACCCAAUCUGUGUAUGCAGCCAGUAAGGCAGCAGUGGAGGGUCUUACGCGGGUGUGGGCAACAGAGCUGGGCCAUAAGUAUGGAGUGACCGUGAAUGCGGUCAAUCCGGGACCUGUUGAUACAGAUAUGUACCAGGCAGCCGGAGAAGUACAUCUGAAGCGGAUGGAGGAGCAAAACAAGAAGGUUCCAGCUGGGCAGCGAUGUGGAACUGUGCAAGACAUCGGGGAUAUUGUGUCGUUUUUGGCUGAAGAAAGAUCCCGAUGGGUGACAGGCGAUGUGAUAUGUGCUAAUGGUGGGAUGUUGUAUAUCUAG